CUUUGCCCUAAGUUCUUGCACACCAAUUCCACCAGUCACACUUGGCCCUUCAGUGCCAUUGCAGAACUCAUAGACAAUGCCUAUGACCCAGAUGUGAGUGCAAAGCAGAUCUGGAUAGACAAAACAGUCAUCAACGACAACAUCUGCUUGACUUUCACCGAUAAUGGGAAUGGGAUGAACUCGGAGAAGCUGCACAAAAUGCUGAGCUUUGGCUUCAGCGAGAAAUCCAUGAUGAAUGGGCGAGUUCCGGUGGGGCUCUACGGGAACGGCUUCAAGUCAGGCUCCAUGCGCCUGGGGAAGGAUGCCAUAGUCUUCACCAAGAAUGGGGAAUCCAUGAGUGUUGGCCUCCUAUCCCAGACCUUCCUGGAGGUCACAAAAGCAGAACAUGUCAUGGUUCCCAUCAUCACCUUCAACAACCAACGACAGAUAAGUGAUCCAGCAGAAUACAGAAAUAGCCUCCAGGCCAUCCUGACACAUUCCUUAUUUUCCUCUGAGGAGAAAUUACUGGCAGAGCUUGAUGCUAUCAUAGGGAAAAAAGGAACCAGGAUUAUCAUUUGGAAUCUUAGAAGGGAUAAAAAUGGAAAACCAGAGUUUGACUUUGACAAGGAUAAAUAUGACAUCAGAAUUCCAGAGGACUUGGAUGAAACGGGCAAAAGAGGAUACAAGAAACAAGAGAGACUGGACCAAAUUGUCCCAGAAAGUGACUAUUCACUGAGAGCUUACUGCAGUAUUUUGUACCUGAAGCCAACCAUGCAGAUCAUCCUGAGAGGGCAGAAGGUGAAGACACAGCUGGUUUCCAAGAGUUUGGCCUUCAUUGAGCGUGACAUCUACAGGCCCAAGUUUCUCAAUGCCAAAACUGUAAGAAUUACUUUUGGCUUUAACUGCAGAAACAAAGAUCAUUAUGGAAUUAUGAUGUACCAUAAAAACAGACUCAUCAAAGCUUAUGAAAGAGUUGGAUGUCAGUUGAAGGCAAACAACAUGGGUGUUGGUGUGGUUGGGAUUAUUGAAUGCAACUUCCUGAAACCAACUCACAACAAGCAAGACUUUGACUACACAAAUGAGUACAGGCUUACAAUAGCAGCCCUGGGAGAAAAGCUCAAUGAUUACUGGAAUGAAAUGAAAACCAAGAAGAAUGAGGAAUAUCCAUUAGCUUUGCCCGUGGAGGAGAUCCAAAAACAGCCUGACCAGACCUGGGUGCAGUGUGAUGCCUGUCUGAAGUGGAGGAAGCUCCCAGAUGGAAUUGAGCAUCUGCCAGAGAAGUGGUACUGCUCCCUGAACCCUGACCCCCAGUUCCGGAAUUGCAAUGUGCCAGAAGAACCUGAAGAUGAUGAUUUGAUACAUCCAACAUAUGAGAAGACUUACAAGAAAAGAGACAAGGAAAAACUGAAGAAGAGACUAGAGUAUGGCCACCAGAUCAAUAAUGAAAUAUUUUUAAAAACAUCUGUUUCUUCAAGUAAAGACUUCAAACCCUUCUCAGCUGUGAGUGGAAAGGAAGCUCUGCCAAGGUUACUUCUGCUAAAGUCCUCAGAUGCUUCUGUCAGGAGAAGUCUGCCUAUCGUAAUUAAAUCGGUGUCUUCACCUCAAUCAGAUCCUGAUAACAGUCUGAAAAGGAGGACACAGAGUUGUGUGACACCUGUGUCCUUGAAGACACCUCGACUGAAUGACACAGGAUUCAACAACCAUCGUGGUGAUGAUGAUGAUGAUGAUGAAGAUGUCAUUAUUCUAGAGGAGAGCAGUACUCCAAAGCCUUCAGCAGAUCCUGAGGUUCCUGUCAUGAAAACUGAAUGUAUUAACUUGGAUCAAGAGGAGAAGCAGGAAGAGAACUCUAACACUGGAGAACUUUGCAGUGCAACCACUUCAGAGCCCAGAAGAGAACAGCUGACCUCAGCAACACAGACAGAGCGGCCAAGCUUGGUGGUUAAAAAGGAAGAGGUGGAAGAUGACAUCCAGAUUCCCAAGGCAGGGGUGGAAAUGGAACUGCACAAUGUCAAUGGUUUUCCUGAGUCAUCUGUGGAUGCUGAGCAGGGGCUGAGAAAUCAGCUGCAAGUAUUAAACAAAGAAAAGGAAGUGUACCAAACCAGGUGUGAAGCAUUAACCAAACAAGUGGAAACACUGGAAGAGAAGCUUUUAGAGAUGAAUAACAAGUGUGUAAAGAAAGAAAUGUGCCACCAGUCGACAGAGACAACUUCUCUGUGUGCAGAAGAAAGUGUCAAUGGGAGAAGUUUGGCAGAGCUGACAGUUCUGUAUGAACAGGCCUUGGAAGAAAUAGCCAAGCUAAAGGAGCAGUGCAGUACCCUGCAGAACCUAAAGACUGAGUGCAGCAAGUGUGCUGAGGGGGAGAGCAAGAGUGAGGUGGAUGAAAUUGCUGUGCAGCUGGAUGAUGUUUUCAGGCAGUUGGACAAGUGCACCAUUGAGAGAGACAAAUACAAAAGUGAGGUUGAAGUACUAGAAGUGGAAAAAAACCAACUUUCUUGUCAGUGUGAAGAGCUCAAGGCAGAACUGGCCCAGUUAAAAGCUUCCAUUCCCCAAGCAGUAGCACAUGCAAAUGAUUCUACCACCAGUAAUGUAGAAGACUCUGUAAAUUUUUCUGAUGGAGAAAGCCUCAAACUUCGCUCCCUUCGAGUCAACGUUGGACAACUCUUGGCCACCAUCAUGCCUGACCUAGACUUGCAGCAAGUCAACUAUGACAUUGACGUAGUGGAUGAAAUUUUAGGGCAAGUUGUAGAACAAAUGCAUGAGAUCAGCAGCACCUAA